AUGAACAGUUCGACCUUGGUUACACAGUCAACAACCCAGGAGGUCACCGGCCAAUCUGCCUUUUGGGUUCUCAUCACUUUGGCCGGAGCGGCAGUAUGUCAACCCACACAUACAAGAUUGGACACCGUCUUCUUCGGCGGCAACAUCAGCUUAACGAGAGCUCUUCCUAGCAUUUGUCUGUGGGACGGCAUCGUGGAUGUUUACGCAUUAUGCAAAGCCAUCCGCGAGGGACGGCGCACUUCUGGUCAAGACGUCGCCCCAGUCACUCUACCAAGGCAUACUGCCGCGAAAAGGAUCCGAGCACGGCUGAAACCAAACGUGGUUAUGGUCAAACUGGCGAUUGCUCUCAUUGCCGUCUUGCCCCAGACUAUCAAGAUACUCAGCAUGCGCGGAAUCCCCGGGACCCAAUUCGCCGCCUCCAUCUUCUUCUUUGCAUCGGCCACCAGACUCAUCGUAGAAUUAACUGGAUUGGAAACGUAUCGAAAUCUUCCCGUCAUUCUACCCGAGCGUGCCCAUUGGAAGAAUCCGUCAUUCGUCCUGUUUUACUUGAUCGUCAUGAGUCAAAUUUAUAGCUGGCUAUGGAUAUGGUACAAUAUUGGAUUUUUGUUGAAAAUCGAUAUAUCCGAGUACAUUUAUGUGAGGCUCGCGUUCACGUCAAUCGAACUCAUCACGAAAAUUGCUGCGAUUGCUCAAGGAAUACUAUGGGCCAGGGGGAUUGUCGUACAUUGGAGUCAGGGAGACCCAGCGCCGCCUCGGAUUCUAUCCGCGGUUGGCGUCUUGUUGCCAGUGUCAGUCCAUAUUCUGACAUCGCCGAUUAACCAAGCCGCGUCAACAUCCGUGCCUUCCUUUGUGAUCAAGGCAAAUGCGAUCUCGGAUAGAAUUUUGUAUGCCGCAUUCUUGGCAUUUUGCGCUGCAUCCGCGAGCUUUGUGGCGGCGGGACUGUUGGAUCUCCUGGGGAGGAAGAUAGCCGAGAGGAAUUAUGCCGAGGACACAUAUCUCGGCGGCGAUGAUACUGCUCCCGGGACCUCACAAGAGACGGACGUUGCUCUAACAGGACAGACGACGGACACGGCGGCACAUGUAGCGCAGGAGAGCGACACUGCCGAUCGAUCUCUGGCCCAGAGGAUCAAGGCAGUAUUGAUGCGCCCCAUAUUCUCGGUACUAUACAGCGCGCACGUUGUCAAUUCUGGCCUCGAUCAUCGGGUCAUGAGCUUUGUUCGCAUGAACUCGCUGGCGAGCAAUAUCGUUGCAAUCACCAUAUUCAAUAUUGUCACAACAGUAUGCUAUUAUCUUGUCAGAUUUGAUGGAACUGGGACAACUAGUCCUGCUUGGACAAGCAUUCUGGGAUAG